AUGAAUGCGAAUCUGCAGCUUCGAAUUAGGCUGGGCUUGAAUGUGUUAUCUCCUUCUAGGCAUUCGAGGGCUUUCUCCCUAUUGGCACGUCCUACCCUACUAGACUCACCAGCCAAAACUACAAACCCGCCAUGGGUCCAGAGGUACAGACAAGUGUCUGCUUGCAGAUCUUUAACUCUCACAAGACACUCUCCUUAUGUGCGGCCAUUGAGUUUCGUUGGCAACAGGUUAUUCCAUACCACUACACCGCGAUACAUGCCUCCAUAUCCUAAUCAACCUCCGUUUAAGGUCUAUCGAAUUUCGCCUAUUGUGGCUGUACUAACGGGAAUAGGCUUCCUCAUGCUACUAUUUGCGGUGCUGCCGUUUAUUUUCACGUUUUUCUUCCCUCUGAUAAUUGCUGGCAUAUGUGCCUAUCAAUUCAGCAAAUGGAAGCGAAAGGUUCUAUUUCAAGAUAUCCUAAGACAUUUAAAAACAAGUACGAUGAAGGUUAAUUACAACACGGUCAAGGCUUUACAUGUCAAGAGUCUGGAUAAAAUCGUUAGAUUGGAACAACAAAACGCCAAGGUAUUUGAAGAUCUCUUGAAAAGCUUCGACGCUGACUUGAGAGCAAGGCUUGAUAAGUUUUCAUCCGCAAAAGCUGAUAAGCUUUUGCGUUUUAUAGAUGAUCGCUUACUGGAGGCAAUCGAGACCAAUGAGCAGGGCAUCAGAAAUUAUUUCCUCGGAGACGACGUGGGCCGUUGGGUUGAAGACAAUUACCAGUUGGAACUGGAUACAACGCAAUAUAAGACAAAUGCUCAAGUGGGGGACGGAGAACUCAUCAUGUUGUUGGUGUUUCCCCUAUACUUGAAAUCGAAUUCUAAUCCCAGGAAGCACCUUGCCAACGUAUCUCUAGCCUUAUUGCAGGGUUUGUUUGAAGGAACGAAUGGCGCAAACUAUCUCGAGUUCCUUUCGAGUAUCUCGGAAACUGAUGCAGAGUGUCAGAUGGUGAUAGCCGUGCAACCUGUGACCAACUUUUCGACAAAACUGUUUGUGAUUUCCACUGAUGGACGAUCGGGCGAUUGGUACUCCAAAUAUGAUUCCAAGGAGGAUUCAGACGGCCAUACGGAGUACACUGUUAAGAGCAACAAUUGA